CUCCUUCCACCUUCUUUUAUCCUUUCUGACAGUCGCAGCCACAGAGCGACUGUACUCUCACUCUCUCUUCAUCUUCUACAUUUUGGAUAUACUAAAUCUACCCAGCUCAAGCUUUUUAGUCAUGGCCGCCGAGGCCUUCUGGUUCGGAGUGCUGCUUCUUCUUCUCCCAUGUUUCUCAGCCAUGGCGAAGCAGACUUACAUUGUGCAGAUGAACCACCACUCCAAGCCGGAAUCCUACGCCACACACCACGACUGGUACUCCGCCAGCCUCCAAUCCCUCUCCUCCGACUCAGAUUCCCUCCUUUACACCUACACCGAUGCCUACCAUGGCUUCGCCGCCUCCUUAGAUCUGGAGCAGGCCGAGCUGCUCCGCCAGUCAGACUCCGUCAUCGGCGUCUACGAAGACACGGUUUACAACCUUCACACCACUCGGACCCCCGAGUUUCUCGGUCUCGAUACCGAAUUGGGGCUCUGGGAGGGUCACUCGACCCAGGAUUUGAACCAGGCCUCGAAUGACGUCAUCGUUGGAGUUCUCGACACCGGGGUCUGGCCCGAGUCCAAGAGCUUCGAUGACACCGGAAUGCCCGAGAUCCCUACCCGGUGGCGGGGCCAGUGCGAAUCGGGGCCCGAUUUCGCGGCAACGCUUUGCAACAAGAAGCUAAUCGGAGCUCGGAGCUUCUCGAAAGGUUACCACAUGGCCUCCCGUGGGAGCUACUUGAGAAAACCGAGGGAAGUCGAGUCUCCGCGCGACAGAGACGGUCACGGUACCCACACCUCCAGCACCGCGGCCGGGUCCCUCGUGGCCAACGCCAGCCUCCUCGGAUACGCGACCGGAACGGCUCACGGAAUGGCCCCUCACGCGCGCGUCGCCACCUACAAGGUCUGCUGGAGCACCGGGUGUUUCGGGUCAGACAUUCUCGCGGGCAUGGAUCGGGCCAUCGUUGACGGCGUCGACGUCUUGUCACUCUCCCUAGGCGGUGGCUCCGCUCCCUACUACCGCGACACGAUCGCGAUUGGCGCGUUCACGGCUAUGGAAAGGGGUAUUUUCGUCUCUUGCUCUGCCGGGAACAGUGGGCCCACUAGAGCCUCGUUGGCCAACACAGCCCCCUGGAUCAUGACCGUUGGAGCCGGGACCUUGGACCGGGAUUUCCCGGCUUACGCUUUGUUAGGCAACAAACUCCGGUUCACUGGCGUUUCGCUUUACAGCGGGACCGGAAUGGGAAACAAACCGGUCCAGUUGGUUUACAACAGGCGGUCCAACAGCUCUAGUAACUUGUGCAUGCCCGGUUCGCUCAACCCGGAUUUGGUUCGUGGGAAAGUGGUGAUGUGCGACCGAGGCAUCAACGCACGUGUCGAGAAAGGUGGCGUCGUGCGCGCAGCUGGGGGGAUUGGGAUGAUACUGGCCAACACCGCAGCCAGCGGUGAGGAGUUGGUGGCUGAUAGUCAUUUGCUACCUGCAGUUGCCGUCGGGAGACGAGUCGGUGACCAAAUCAGGGAAUAUGCUCAGCACGAUCCCAAUCCGACGGCUGUGAUUACUUUCGGAAGGACUGUGCUGAAUGUACGGCCGUCACCGGUCGUGGCGGCGUUUAGUUCACGGGGGCCCAAUAUGGUGAACCCCCAGAUCUUGAAGCCGGACGUGAUUGGUCCAGGUGUCAAUAUUUUGGCGGCAUGGUCAGAGGCAGUCGGGCUCACGGGCCUUGAGGAGGACAAAAGGAAGAGCCAGUUCAACAUCAUUUCAGGUACAUCAAUGUCAUGCCCACACAUUAGUGGGCUUGCAGCAUUGCUCAAGGCGGCCCAUCCGGAAUGGAGCCCAAGUGCUGUGAAAUCUGCCCUAAUGACCACAGCUUACACCCAUGACAACACCAAGGCCCCUCUCCGAGACGCGGCCGAUGGCACGAUUUCGAACCCGUCGGCUCACGGUUCCGGGCACGUCGACCCCUCGAAGGCGCUGUCACCGGGCUUGGUUUACGACAUUGCUACCGAGGACUACAUUGCAUUUUUGUGCUCAUUGGAGUACACCAAUGAGCAUGUGCAAGCCAUUGUCAAGAGGCCCAAUGUUACUUGUGCAAGAAAGUAUUCGGACCCGGGCCAGCUCAACUACCCUUCGUUCUCAGUCAUGUUCUGGAACAAAAAGAAAAGGGUUGUGAGUUACACCCGGGAAUUGACGAAUGUCGGGCCUGCCGGAUCUGUAUACAGAGUCGCCGUGACCAGUCCUUCGAUGGUGAGGACCAUCGUGAAGCCCACAAGGCUUGUGUUCAACAAUGUAGGAGAGAAGCAGAAGUACACGGUCACAUUUGUGGCUUCGCAGGGUGCAGAGAAAACAUCAAGGUCGGAAUUCGGGUCAAUCAUGUGGUCAAACCCACAGCACCAAGUGAAAAGCCCAGUUGCUUUUGCAUGGACGCAGUUGAUAGAUUGAGAUUUUAGGCUUUUUUCUGCUGUUGGGCUAGAAAGUGCUUUUGGUUUUGGGAUUUCGGCUUUUAAGGAAAGCACUUCAAUGGGGUUGGUGGGUUGAAUUUGGGUGGGAGUUGACAUUGCCAAUGUUUAUGGGUAUGGCUUUUCACCAACGCGUGAACAAGUUUAAUUCUCAUACAUAGGAAUCAAACUGCUUGAGUUUGAUUUGUCUAGCACCAUUGCUAUGAACGCCAUUUUAUCGAAAUCAAACUAACGAGACCAUGAACAAUUAGACACUCUUUUUAAA